CACAAGGCGAGCCUCGCCCGGCGUCAACGGAUAGCCAAUUGCCUCCUCCUCCUCCUCGUCCCUCGGCGUUAAAAGCAGCCUCUGCUCUUCUGCGCAUCCGGACUGAGCCACCAUGAUCUCCCCGCGCCCCACUCUCUCCUCCGGCUUCUUCUCCCGCUCCGCCUCCUUCUCCCGCCCGGCCUCCUUCUCCCCCAGGCCCAUGUCGCCGCCUGCCUCGCCGGCCGCCCAGGCGCCGCCGCCGCUGCUCUCGGCCCCGUUCGCCCGCCCCACCACCUUCUCCCGCUCCGCCUCCUUCUCCGCCUCCGCUGUCGCCGCGCCGGAUCGCGGCGCCUCCCCCUGCUUCUACGACGUGCUCGGUCUCGACGCCGGCGCCAGCGGCGGGGAGAUCAAGGCCGCGUACCGCCGCCUGGCGCGCGCCGUCCACCCGGACGUGUCCCCGCACCCCGCCGACGACUUUAUACGCGUGCACGCCGCCUACAGCACGCUCUCCGACCCCAGCAAGCGCGCCGACUACGACCGCCGCAUGAUCAUAAUCCCCUCCGCCAUCUCGCGCCGCAGCGCCCCGAACCUCGCCCGCUCGCCGUCGUUCCCAGGGUGCCGCCGCCGGACCUGGGAGACCGACCAGUGCUGGUGAUCAACUGCGCGCCGAGGCGCCGACCGCUUGCAGGCCCCUUUCGUCGUGGUGGAAAGGGAGCUGGCGGUCACUGACGUUUUCGGCCGGAGAGGCCUCCGGCUGGUUCCCCGGGCGGUUAGAAAUGCAAAGGUUCCCGCGGCCACUAGGCUCACUUGCAGUGGAAGGGUCAAUACGCUUCUAGAAUAAACAGUAGUACUAGUACGUACUGUUAUUAGCACAACGUACAAUUAGCUUGAUCAAUUUCUGUAAGAAUGAAGCUAGUGACAUUAAACUUCUGGCUCUUCAUUAUGAAGUCGUACAUGCCAAGUCUCACACUUCGCUGUGGCUUGUAUAUAGAAAAACAAAAGAUCGAUGUAUGGCGUAGUGUGUGACGCCGUCUAUUUUGAAGUUUAUUAUGCAUGUUCGGCUUGA